UUGAAGGUCUGCUGCUCUCGUGGUCUUACAGUACACAUCAAACAGUUUUUAACACGUUCCAGUUGUUUUUUAUAGAAUAGUUUAAAUGAAUUAAAAAUCUCCAAUUCAGCCCCUGCUGAUGAUCUGCAGCCUCUCAGUUCCUGACCUCAUCAUCCUCACAGAAACCUGACUGAGCAGUGAGGUUGUCUGACCUCCAGGUUCUGGGACAGGUGUAACAAUAUUUAAACUGUUGCUAAAUUUAUCUUUAAAACUCAACUAUAACAUUUAUGUAUACAUGCACGGAGCAAACACUAACUGCAGAAACACUCCCUCUGAGUCAGUGAAUGAACCCGAACUAGUGUCCAUGUUUAACAUCGACUCAGACCCAAAGAUGCUCCUUUCUUCUCGGCUCUGGAGGACACAUUCUUCAUGGAGCUUCAUCCAGCUGUGAACACACAGGUUUUUGAUUGUCUCCUGUGAUGAAACAGGCUACAGUUUUUCCAGUGUUGUGGUCUGACGGGACAACAAGGAGGUCCAGUGUUCUGACCAGAAGCAGCUGAGGAAGACGUCAAGUGUUGGUGUUGUGGGGCGUGAAGAAUCUGCUUCUCUCUCUCUCUCUCUGUGAGGAUUUGGACGAAGGUUCUGACGAACGCUCGCUCACAUCCUCCUCUCCCUCCCUUCCUCCCUCUGAGAGUGUGUCACAAGCCUCAUGCUGCAGACUUCUCCUCUCCUCCUCCUUGUUCCAGUUAUGGCUGAGGAACGAGAGGGUUGCCUUGGUAACCACUUCACUGAGGCAAUGGGGUCUCCCGCUGUAGAAAAGAAGGGGCUUUGUGGGUAACAAACAAAUCUGUACAGUGUAGGAAGAGCUGCAGAAGCUGGGAGGAUAAAAUGGAGGGUGAACAGCGAUGACGCACCGAAGGAGGAAGUUUAAACAGUCAUGAGAGGGACACUCGAACCCUCAGCGUUUACACCGAUACGUACACAUGGUUGGCUGAGAGCUCAGUGACUCAGAGUGACUCACCUGUCUGACUCUUAAUUCUGUUAUUUUAACAUCUCUUUGUUUAUCAAUAUCUUUAUUUAUAAGUUUCUAUAUUAUUGAUUCUGUCAUUGGCAGUGAUUGGCAGGAGCAAACAACAACAGAAAGCUGACUUCCAACUAUAGAAAGAGUUAAAAAAAUAAAGAUAUGAAGUUAAAGACUAGGCUUUGACAUAAACAGUGACUUCAUUUCUUGAAUUAAUUUUGUUUGAAGGAAGCCUGAUACUCGAUGAGCCGGGAUUUUAGGUGUGAAAGGGGUCAUGCAUGUGCCGCUUAUAUCAUCAGUCACCUGAAGAGUGUUUGGUGUUGUUAUGACAGGUUUUCAGAUUAUAAUUACUUCAAAAUGUUCACUUUAAUGAGGCUUUGGAGCAGACUGAACGUUUUCAGAGUGUAGUGCAGUUUAAUUUACGUCUCUCUGUUCUUACAAACAAACUCAAAUCCCAGCUCCUCCUCAGUCACCGACAGUCAGCCCGUCCUCUAACCUAAUUUGGUCUCUGAAUGAUUUCCCCUCUCUGCUCUGAGUUUACAGUAAACGCUGGGAUAAAAGCUGCUCGGAUUAGCUCGCCCGUCGGCUGUUUGCCCACAAGACUGAGCUGCAGAGACGAGGAGACUCUGUAAGCUGCUGCUACAAGAAACUGAUCCAUCCAGGUCGAUGGCACAAAGGGGGUAAAUAAUGCCGACCAGGUGUCUCAGGUGUUACAGAAACUUAUUAUACCACAGUUUUCUUUUAUUCUUGGGAAUAUUUUCAGCGUCCUUUGAAAUCCAAGCUGCAUGAAAGUCGAACACAGACUGAAGAAACCACAGACUUGGUCUCUGUGUUCUCACCUGCUGAAAUCAGGUGAGGAGGAGCGUUUGUGAAGCCCAACAAUAGAGGGCGCCAAAGUGCGAAAGGUCAAUCAGAGAGACUGUAGGAGACAAAAUUCAGACAAUAAAUAAAAAAACAGGCGAAUUAAACGAAGGUCAGUCAAAACAGGUAGGUCUGUUACUGCAGUUUGGAGGACAAAUAAGAGUCUAAAUAUUGGAAAACUCCUAAUCAGAAGGUGUUACAGUCAUUUUAAUAUCCUUUUAAGAUAUCACAGAUGUACUUUUAGACUUCUUACAUCUUGAUCACACACAUAAUUGGCCUCAUAGUAGGACAUAAAUAUAACUGAGUUUGUUUUAAUGAAGGUAUAUAUUGAUGUUUUCUGAGUGGAGACUGUGUAAAAAAAGGUUUUUAAUGGAGUUACAAAGUCUGUGAGGUUUGUUUUUAACCUUAGUGAGAUGUUUUAUGUCUCAUCUAUGUGUUUACUCCAUAACAGUGGUGGAAGAUGUAGUUUUUAACUGGACUACAGACAGGGAAUCAUACUCAGGAGUCUGUGCUGUGAAGGAGCUCCAUCUGCUGGACAAGAGAGGAAACUACAGCUUUGUACAGGAAAAAGGAAAGUGUGUAGUUUGGAUCACAAAUCUGCAAAAUCUUUUUCCUGCAUUGCUUCAUAAAUCAGAAAUAUGAUUAGGAAAUAACUGUGAGAUAAAAGUGAAACAAAUGUCGACACUCAUGAGAAGCUUUGAGCUUUGGAUUUUUUGUUCAAAUCAUUAAUAUUAGAUCAGAUUAGAUACGACUUUAUCCUUUGGGAAGGUUCCCUCGAGGAAAUUAAAAUUAUUUUCUUUUUUUUCUUCACAAAAUCCACCUUUAAUUUUUACACAAGAAGGUUGUUUUUUAUUUUAAAUUCUCCAAGUUUCAUUUAAACUUUCAAAUAUUUUGCUAAAUCAGUUUUUUUUUUAAAUUAAAAACAACAUUUUAAUCUGUGACAGUGAUAAAUCUGAGUCCUCACAGGAGCUCUGAAUCAUCUCUGACUGUUUACUGUGACAUUUUUGAGAAUUGCAAGCGUAACCUUGACCAGAAUCUCAUGUUUUGACUGAGCGCUCCUCUUUUUAGACUUAUUAAAAAAACAAAGGUGGGCUCAUGGAAAUUCAGUUCCUGUUAUCAGCUCACUAAAUCCUGUGGGCUGCAGAUCAACAUGGUGAUGAUGAUCCUGAUACGACCUUUAUUGUGACGCCUGGCCCAAGGUUUCCAGUCUGAGAUGAGGACCGAUGUAUCUGUUUGAACUCAUGAACUGAUAAAAGAGCAAAACAAAGACGCUGCUCGGUCAGAGGGAUGAAAUGUGAUUUAGGAAAUUGGAUUAAAUUAGCUUUGGAAGAAAAAAAAAAAAAACUCAGGUUAUCACAGUGUGAUGCAUGUUCUUCUUUUGUCAGCUUUGGUUUGUUAAACUGAUUAAAAACAUUUCUGCAUUUCCCUGGAAGAUGAGAGAGGAGAUAUUCUUGUCUGACACAUAUUUACUCACAGAUGUUGCUGUUGUUUAUUUUUUUUAAUAAGUCCAAGCAUAGGUGGAGAAUAAAUGAGUCUAAGAAACAUAAUUUAAUGUGAGCCACCAAUUAGAGAGUUUUCAAUCCAUUCAAAAGCCAAAAUUUCUCUCCUCUUUGAAAGCAGGUGGCAGCUAAGGUGAGUUACCUCAACCUACACAGAUGGAGUUUGAACCAGAUUUAUUUACCCGCUUAAAUACGUAAAUAUACACACACCACUCACCCCAGGAGAUCGUGAAUCUGCCUGUGUCUAUGAACUGAACAAAUCAAUGACUGACUGCAUCAACAUUUACAACAGAGAGAAGACAUUAUUGUCACCGGACCACAGAAAGAAAGACAGUAUGAGCUCUCAGACUGAGUCCCAACAACACUGAAGAUUCCUACAUUGUCAGUUUAAUUCCUGAAACUGGAGCGUGGAGAGCGGUGUCAGCUGAGCAGAUGAGGAGAUAGAACUAUAAUGUCUUCAUUAAAUGCUCACAAGAAUUGGUACAUUUGACCGUCAAAAGUAAGUAAACAUCAUAAAAGCAGGCGAAGGAAGACAUAAGCAAACACUGCUUUGUCCACAGGGGGACGCCAAAGUUGACACAAACCAAAAGUUCCUCACAGGAGCUUUAAUUUUUGUACAGCCACUUAAAAUUAAAAUCUUUUUCUGCUUUUCACGCUUUAAAAACAUCAACAAAUCGAGACCUUGAAAGGUUUGCUCAUGCUUUGUUCUUCAGCUGAUGGACCGCCUUGGUUCAGCAACAUAUUCAGAAUGCAGCUGCAGGGUGAAAACUUAGAAAUAUGACCACAUCUCUCCAGUUCUGAAAUCCUAAAAUUAUUUAUUUUUCAAAUGAUAUCUUCCUCUGAAAAAUCUCUCUUUGGCUCAGCACCCUGAUACUUCUCAUGCCUUCGACAGAUGAAACAAAGUACGACCUCGAGGAGAUAUUGGAGACUGGAGAUCUUAAAGGUUUUUAUGUUUCUAUUUGCAGACGAGCUUCACAGAGAUGAUCAUCUUUUUUUUCCACCUGCCAACAGCACUAGAACUACAACCAUGUGGUUUGUGGAAAUGAUCCUGCAGUGGUUACUGACCAGUCGAUUUAAUUUGAAUCUCACAGGAAAAAAAGCAUUAUAUUUGUUUUUUAUGAUAAUGAUAUUGGGGACGGCACGGUGGUGUAGUGGUUAGCACUGUCGCCUCACAGCAAGAAGGUCCUGGGUUCAAAUUCGGGUCACAGGGUGUUUUUAUGUGGAGUUUGCAUGUUCUCCCUGUGUCUGCGUGGGUUUAUUCCGGGUUCUCCGGUUUCCUCCCACAUCUCAAAAAACAUGCAGAAGUGGGGUUAGGUGAAUUGACCACUUUCAAAUUGCAGGUGUGAAUGGUUGUUCAUCUCUAUAUGUCAGCCCUGUGAUGAACUGGCGACUUGUCCAGGGUGUCCCCUGCCUUCGCCCGAAGAUGCUGGGAUAGGCUCCAGCAACCCCCCGCGACCCCCAGGAACGGGAAUAAGCGGUAGAAAAUGGAUAGAUGGAUUAUAAUGAUAUUUUUAGAUUUAAAUUAAGGAGUGCAUUUUUUACACAAACAGAAGUGCUGGAAAAGGUUCAAAUAAUAUAAAUAUAAUGAUAAAAUUAGAUUCAUCAUAGUUAUGACUGUAUGAGAGUACAAAUUAAGGUAUAAUCAAAAUAAAGGGAAAAAAAUACAGAACACAAACAUACACAAAUAAUAAUGGUAAUAAAACAAAGUCGAGUUAACAUAGUUAUAUAAAUAGUGAAAAAGAAGAAAAAACAUCUGCAGAACAAAAGUGUGAAAUUUGUCGAGAGGAAAAUGAGAAACAGUCAACCUGGACAGGUGUACCACGUCCACAUCCCACCCGAGCAGGACAAUAAAUGAUAAAGGAAGAGUUAAAACCAAGUCAUGAAGGUAAAACAGCGUACUUCUAAGAGGAUGAAGAGGUAUUUAAAAGACAAAAUGUUGUUUCUUUAGACAUCAGUGUAACAGACAAUAAUAUAGAAAUGAUAAUAAAAUAUAUUUCAGAUUCAUCUUGUCAAACACCUAAAACAGAUUAAACAUAUGUUUUUAAACGUUUAAUCUGUUUCUGUUUGUCUUCUACCAGCUGCAGCGCUCUAACAUCCACUACACCACUAACACACUCACUUCCGGGUAAGAGAGAGGAGUUCUGAUUUAGCCGAGAUCUGAUUGGCUCAGAGGCAGCGCAGCCUCAUUCCCUCGCUUCUCAUAGGCUGAUAGCGCUAGAGUGACAGGCUGAAUUGACCAAUAAGAGGCUGCCACACUAUGGUAAGGAGAGGUCCCUCUGCCUGCUUGUGUCUCUUUCUCUUUCUCUAUCAUUCAGGCCCGCUCCGACUCUCUCUGUUCUCUCUGUUCAUCAGGAGGAGUAGGACUGCAGCAGAGGACUCCGUCUGCGUUAAAAACCUUCUUCUGUUCGCUGCUGUUUCAUCAAGUUAGUGAGAAGAUGUGGACCGCGGUGGUCUUCUUGUUAGCGGCUGUUACCGGACUCUCCCGGGCCAGUGAUGUGAUCGACUUCACGGAUGAUGACUUCGAGAACAAGAUCGGAGACCACAGCCUAAUCCUGGUGGAGUUUUAUGCUCCCUGGUGAGUCUUUUUCACCUCUUUUUAACGUUUAUUUUGCAUUUAUAUUCUGUAUCGUCGCGGUAAAUAGUGCAGCUAACUGAUAAUAACAGUUAGAAUACAUCAAACCGGAGAUUCUAGAUUAAUUUAAGUACAUAUAUGCAUUAAAAAUGCACCUGUGCAGCUUAUUUAAUCGUUUAAAUCGAUAUUUUCUGAGUCUUUGCUUAAUUGGCUCCUUACCAAACGUUAGCAUGUAAGCUAGUAUCGGACUGUUAGCCGGUUAAUAAUGUUCGAAUCUUUUUUUUAAAAGAACCGAAACUUAAAUUAUGUAAUUAUUAUGAAACUAAAGUAUAUCCAUGUUAAAAUUUAACAGUUUCUCUGGAUAAUUCUCAUUUAAAACUGCGAACAAACGGGGCUAUGAGGAAGUUAGGGGCGUGUCCUUUCAUUGUUGUAACGACCUGAUUGGCCGAAGAAGUUUUGGUGUCGACCUCUGAUUGGCCCAGAGAAGUCGUGACGUGUGCCCCUGUGCCAAACUUGAAUAAAAUAGGCGUUACAUCCGGGUGAGAGGAAUCUAGUGGAGUGGAAAUCUACACACAGAAGAGAGUCUAGACAAAUUUAAACAGUUUUAGAGUUUAUUAAACUUUUAUUCUUUAAUGGAAAUACAACAAAAGACAAUUCGACUCUUACACUCCAAUUAUAAACCACAAUACUUAGACUUGUGUGAUCUGUCUGAAACUAUUCUAAAUGAAUAGAGUUUGUUAAACAUAGUUUUAGAUUUGUGAACAUGCUAAAAAGGAUGAUUCCACUGUUUUUUUUUUCCACCUGCAGACCAACCUGAACCAGAUCUUUAUCAAGAAUCACUAUAACUAAAACCUGGACUGUUUGGAUCAAGUAGAUUAAGUAAUCUAAAGAGGCCUGAAGAAAGCACCAAAAUCACGCUUUUUUGCUUCGUCACAGAUAAUAAAAAAAUUCUCAAAAAUCUGAUACAGAUUCCUCGGAUCAAUCUAGUCCAGACAAAAGUCUUUACCUCAGCUAGACAGAGAAAACAGCUAAUCUUCCUUUAGUGCAUGUAUAAAAAAACUCUGCUUACUGUUUAUAUGCAUACUAUUUUACUAUUUUAUGUUGUGUGUGUAUAUAGUGUACAUACUUGUAUACUAUCUCUUUAUUUUUACUUAUUUUAUCUAUUAUAAAUCUCCUCUUUCUGCUUAAUUUGCACUGGAGUUACUGUAACAAAAAGCAGUUUCCCUCAGGAGAUUAUUAAAGUAUUUCUGAUUCUGAUAAAUCUAAACCUGUGCUUUAAGAAGUUUCUAGACGAUUACAGAUGAUGUGAUCUGGAUCAGACCGGUCUAUAUGAAGUGGUUUUGUUCCUGGUCUCUGGAUCAGUCAGUUUUGAAGAUGGUACCUGAAGAGCUGUCAGAGUAUUUCGGUUUAUUUAACGAUGAUCUAAAACAGAACAACUACAUCUACAAAACAUUCAAACCUCAUUUGAUUGAAGUUUAUCUCAUUUUGAAACUGAAUCAUCUAAAACUUUCUUUAACCUCUGAUCCUGCUCACGUUAGUUCAAUAACUUCACUCUUGUGGAUCCAGUUUGUCCAUCAACAGCUGAUCCGUUUACUCUUUUACAAACCCGGUCUCAGAGGGAUCAGAUUCCACUCUCUCGCGCUCCCUCAGGAUCUUUACCAGGAUGAAACCUCUCACACACUCUGAUGGAUCUCUCCUCUCUCCUUUAGGUGUGGUCAUUGUAAGCGACUCGCACCUGAGUACGAGGCCGCCGCCACCCGUCUGAAAGGCACCGUGUCACUGGCCAAGGUAUUGCGUAACAAAGUUCACCUGACUCAGUCCACUUUACCGUGGUUUCCUGCCCUCUGCUCCCCCUCAGAGAGUCAAUGAUUGUCUUUACUCCCAGGUCGACUGCACAGCCAACAACAACGUAUGCAGCAAAUAUGGAGUCAGUGGAUAUCCAACGCUGAAGAUCUUCAGAGAUGGAGAGGAGUCUGGACCUUAUGAUGGUCCCAGAACUGCAGGUAUGAUCCUGAUUUAUUCACACACAUGUUUAAGAUGUUCAGAGCGACGUCUCAUAUCAGUCGUUCAACUCCUCGUCCUCUCCGCUCUCCUCAGACGGGAUCGUGAGUUUCCUGAAGAAGCAGGCUGGUCCAGCUUCUGUGGAGCUCAAGGAUGAAGCAGACCUGCAGAAGUAUAUUGCAGACCAAGACGCCAGUGUUGUCGGUGAGUUCCUGUCAGAGUUUUAGUCCGGACUUUAGCUGGCAGAGUUGGAAAAUGAGGACAGGAUGAGGGACGCUCGAGGCUGGAUUUGAUCCAAUAAUGUGCUGAUAUUUUCAAACCUGUUGUGGCUCAAACUGAUUUAAAAAAAUGAAGUUAAACUGUGUGAAUAUUUGUCACUUAUUUACUGGGAUUACCUUUUCCUAGUUUACCUUUUUAAAAUCCUGUAAAAACUUAACUUAGACAAAGAAACAGAAUAUUUUAAAGAAGAUCUGAACUUUCAUUGACCUCCUAAAGAAAUGCAUGAGCCUCAUGGUGACGGUGCUCAUGGGAAAUGCAGUUUCCUUCCUGCUCCUCACUUUGCUGCUCAAUUUUCCCACCGUUAAUAACCUCGGGUCAUUUACGAGAAAACUAAAGUGUCAAAGUUUAAAAAAAAGGAUCCUGGUUUUCGUUUCUCAAUUUGAACUUUCUCUCCUCUUUUCCUUCCCAGGAUUCUUUGCUGAUGCGGGAAGCUCGUCCCAGUCCGAGUUCCUGAAGGCCGCCAACACCUUGAGAGAUAACUACCGCUUCGCCCACACCUCCUCUGAGGCUCUGCUCCAGAACAACGGCAUCGAGGGAGAGUGAGUCCUUCUCUUCUGACUCUGCAUGAGCGAAAAAAAACCUUCAACAGAAAAGUCGUUGUUCCAGAGCGCCGUUCCGCUGUCGCUGACAUUUCCUGUUUUCUGGUUUCCAGGGGGAUCGUCCUUUUCCGUCCACAGCGGCUCAACAGCAAGUUUGAGGACAACUCUGUGACAUUCAGCGAGGACAAAUACACCAGCAGCAAAAUCAAGAAGUUCAUCCAGGACAACAUGUGAGUGUGUGAAGAGACGCGUUUACAUCCAUGACCUCUGAGAGUGAGACGACGUGAACGUUUAGAUUUCUGUCUUUGAGAAUCCGGCGAGCGCUGAGUCAGCUCUGAGCACACACUGAUGCACCUGACGACCUUUGAGACGAACAAACACUGAACUUUACAUUUAAAGGGCAAACGAGGCCGAUGAGAGACGAGGGAGUGUUGUUUACAGAGAGUCUUCAUCAUCCAUCAUCAGGAGAUAAAACAGUCAGAGUGAAGCUGCUGAGGAUGUUCAAGUUUGAAACAUCAAAAACUCUUUAAGACGUUUAUUUUAUAAACUGUUUAACAGUCAUCCAGAGGUUUUUACUGCCAGACUGCAACAACAUUAAAGUUUAUUCACAGUCCUGUUAAAACUCACACCUCAGAGUAAACUUAUUAACAUCUGAACUUUAAAAAAACAAAUGUCUACAGUCAGAUUUUCAACCUGAAGCUGCUGAGAGUGAAGGAGAGAGAGAGUGACGCUGGUCGGUUUAGAGAUUAAAACAGAACAAAGACAAAGAGUCGAUAAUGAGGAGUAAUUUUGUGAAACUAAAAACACAUUUCUUCACUCUUCAGUUAUCAGAAAUCCGGCUCCCUCUCUCCCUGCAGCUCCUCUCACUCCCAAACAUUCACAAUGAUUCAGUCUGAGUCGACAGGACUCGUCAGUCCUGCAGAAACACGUCCUCCACAAAGAAAACAAAAUCAAGAUCUCAUAAAGUAAAAGAACGAAAGAGAGAGAAAAGAAACGGAGAGGAGAUGUUUUUAACUGGAGGAGAUCAGGUGAGAUCUUUUCAGACUCAUAAGUGAUAUAAGAUGUUUUCUCAGGAGCAGACGAGGUUCCUCAAGUUCUUCUGGAGUCGUGUUUUCUAAAGAUGUCCGUUUCUUUAACUUUGAUAUCGACUCUGCAGAGUCGCAGAUAAACAGAUAUGUUGGAAUUCCCCUCCUCUCAGUUUUACUUUCACUUUUCCUCCUCCGUCUGACGUCCUCUCAGAAAUCAUCGCAGAAUCAAAUCUUGACCAUAAACACUUCCUGUUUUCUAAUAAAACUCUGUGUGUUUCUGCAGCUUCUUUCUUAAACAUCCUGGAUUGUUUUUUUUUAAGUUCAUAUAAACUCACUCUGACUUCCUCUCUCCUCAGUUUGGGACUCUGCCCCCACAUGACAGACGACAACAAAGACCAGAUGAGAGGCAAAGACCUCCUGGUGGCUUAUUAUGAUGUGGAUUAUGAGAAAAACCCAAAAGGCUCGAACUACUGGAGGAACAGGUAAACACACCUGAGAGUCACCGAGCUCUGUCUGUUUACUCUUUCAGCUCUUGGUCCAUGACUUCCUCCUGUCUGACAUUAAACGUCACAAUCGUACGUUCACAGGGUGAUGAAGGUGGCCAAGACUUUCGUGGAUCAGGGCAAGAAGCUCAGCUUCGCCGUGGCCAACAGGAACUCCUUCAGCCACGAGGUGUCAGAGUUCGGUCUGGACAGCAGCUCAGGAGAACUGCCCGUGGUCGCCAUUCGCACCGCCAAGGGAGACAAAUACGCCAUGACCGAGGAGUUCACGUGAGUCCAGUCUUUGAAUUUAGUCUGAUUUAAAAUGACUUAAAAAAAGUAAAACGUAAAGUUUGAUCUGAAAAGUAAAAGUGUCUUUAAUCUUCUCCUCACAGUCGUGACGGAGCGGCUCUGCAGCGUUUCCUGGAAAAAUACUUUGAAGGCACCUUGAAGAAGUACCUGAAAUCAGAGCCCAUCCCCGAGGACAACGACGGACCCGUGAAGGUGAGCAGAAACAUCCGGGGAGUCUCUGAGUCUGGACUCGACAACCGGUUUGAUCCAGUGCUGCCUUAUAGACAGACCUUGACUUUUAAACAGCUUUGGCACUUCCUGUUUAAGUUGACAUGGUCAUAUCUACAAGAACAGACAUCAUCCCGCCUUCACAGGUGGUGCAGUUUUAAUCUGUGGUCAGGAUUUGUUCCUCAGAAACAUAAAUCAUGUGACUUAAACAUUUUAGAAAAGCCAAAGUUCAGAGAUAAUCAUCCGUGUUCUCGUUUAAAUUCAGGUCAUCGUGGCCGAGAACUUCGACUCCAUCGUGAACGACGACAGCAAAGACGUGCUGAUCGAGUUUUACGCUCCGUGGUGCGGACACUGCAAGAGCCUGGAACCCAAAUACAAAGAGCUGGGAGAGAAGGUGGGGACGCUGAUUUAUGACGGACCGUUUUGAUCAGAAUAAUAAACAACGACUCCUCUGUGAGUUAGCAGGAAAACUGAAAGAGGAAAUCCACCUUUAGAUGCUGAAUCUUUCUUUACCCUCUGCUCCUUUAGCUCACCAACGACCCCAACAUCAUCAUCGCCAAGAUGGACGCCACAGCCAACGACGUGCCGUCUCCAUAUGAAGUCAGCGGGUGAGUUCUGUCAGCCGUCACAUAUCGAGGCGUGCAGCAUCGACCUCGAACACGCCGUCUAAUCCACCAUGUUUGUUCUCUCUCUCUUCAGUUUCCCCACGAUAUACUUCUCACCAGCCGGCCGUAAAAUGAGCCCAAAGAAAUACGAGGUGAGCUCCGAGCUUCAGAGGUGAUCCAGACAAAGUCCUGUUUGUGUGUCCGCUCUGCGAACUGACCCCCCCCGUGUCUUUGGUUUUUGUUACAGGGAGGUCGUGAGGUGAACGACUUCCUCUCUUACCUGAAGAGGGAGGCCACAAACCCCCCGGUGGUGCAGGAGGAGUCCAAGAAGAAGAAGAAGAAGUCAGAGCUAUAAAAGCUCCAAACAAGAACUCAACACCCCCCCGCACACACAUCAGGAGGAGGAGGAAGAGGAGGAGGAGGAGGAGGAGGAGUGUGGAAAUCAAAGAAAGAACUAAAUUAUAAUCCACUGUCUUAGUGAACUACCGAAUGCUCUGAAGCCGAAUCAAAGAGACGCGGCUCUCCCUUUAGGUCCUCCGCUGCUCUGGGGAAACUGUGGAAGGCGGAGAGGUGGUGGCCUGGGCCUGCCCCGAAGUUUAAACACAAACAAAUUUUUAGGGAAGAGGGGAUGGCUUUUUGAAAAAUUGAGAUUUUUAUUUCCCCGGGUCUGUCUACCACACCUCAGGCUGAUGCACUUUGGUUAGACACCAGUCUCGGUCAUCUGUCGCUUACGUUUUUGUCGUCGUCGUUGUCGUCGUCACAGGGGAUACUGGUAGCGGUGAAUUCCUUUCUCUGUCUCUUGUUUUUUUUAUUUUUUUUUUGUAAAACAUCUUUGUUUUUGUACAUUUGGAAGGAUUGUGAAAUAAAAAGGCCCACAAAACCAAAACAAAAGUAUCUCAUUCAUGAAUUUACGUUUUGUUGUUCUGCCUCAAAACACACAGUUUUGGGUUUUUAACCUUUUACUGAAACUUUAAUUGUUGCUCAAAUUCUCUGUUGUGAUUUAUUCAGUUCUUCUUUCCUUACAGAUCCUUGUAGUCCUGAAUAUUCACCUCUUUUCUGUUGGGUAAUUCAUGGAUUUUACUACAGAAAGGUUCCUGAACGCCUCAUUUAUUUUUUAAUGUUGCUUCUGUGAAAGAUUGAAUAUUAAAAAUGACAACUUAAUAGUCCUAAACACAGAUACUUUGGAUUUCUCCAAAUUAAUCUGGAUUUUUUUUUUUUUAUUAACUCAAAUUUUUUGGUUCGAUGUAAAGACAAAAGUUCAAUUCAUCUUUUCUGCCUAAAAAAAAACAUAUUUGUGUGUUUUUUGUAAUUUUAUACAAUACGUUUAGUUUUUAUUAAAUCUGAAAAAAGCAGCAGACAUUAGUAAACAUCAGAAUAAAUAUGAGAUUUU